AUGAUGAUGAUGUUGAUGACGAUGAUGAUGACUGUUUUGGUCGGAGCAUCGGACAAUAACGCAGUGUACAGUCCAUGUUCAGACACUCAAAUAAGCAAAGGAGAUGGUUUCACAAUUGGUGUUGCCAUCUCCAGCAAGGAAGCUUUUUUCCUUGACCAAGUCCAGCUUUCCCCUUGUGAUUCUCGUCUCGGUUUAGCUGCGAAAAUGGCACAACUCGCGCUUUUUAGACCAAAGGUUGACGAGAUCUCUCUUCUCUCCAUCGACACAAGUAAGUUUAGCCCGAGUGAAGCAGGAGGAUACAUGGUGGGAUUCGCAGGCUCGAAAUACGCAGCAAGAUCUUAUCCUGCGAAGGUCGUAGAUGGAAGCAACACAAUCACAGCUUUCACACUGGUAAUGGAAUUUCAGAAAGGAGUGUUGCAAAAUCUGUUCUGGAAGAGCUUCGGAUGUGAUCUGUGCAAAGGAGGAACUUCUUCUGUGUGUCUGAACGGGACAGAUUGCGCGGUACCAACAUCAAAGUGCAAGGCUAAUGGAGGUGAAGCUAACUGCAACAUUGGAAUUCAAGUGGCAUUUUCGGGAACAGACAAGAACCUCGAGUCAUUGAACACUUGGUACGAGGUAAACAAUCUGCGGCAGUACUCGCUUACCGACCUCUACGCAAAUGCUGUAGAUUCACUGAGUGGUGGGCUACUUUAAGAGAGAACAAAGUGUAAUGCAGGCACUAUGUAAUUGAGGUUCCUAUCUAGGUUUUGAACUUUCAUGUCUUUCCAACGAGUUACAAUGAUGAAGAAAAUAACUGAACUCUCUAUAAGAAAUUUUUCCAAGAGUGCAAACAAAAACUACAUUUCAGUGAGACUAUUUUCCACACACAAGGUUUUAUAUACAAGAACCCUUUUGUGUCACUGUUGUAU